UAUAUAUAAAUUUUUCAAUAAUCUAAUAAGUCUGAUACAUGUAAAUGGUUCUUAUGCUUACACUAAUUAAUGCAACCAAUAUCUCCUAAUACAUUUCCUGAGUAUUUCUAAAUGCAUUACUUUUAUGUUAUAUGCUUAUAUUUGGCAGAAUUUUUUUAUUAAUAAUAUACAUUAAUUGAAAAAUUUGCAAAUGGAAUAAUUUUCAUAUAAUGCAAGUUUUUAAUCAAUUUAUAUACGAAAUAAUUGAUGUUUAUUAUACUUAAUAAUGAAUAAUUUAAUAAUCUUGAAGAAUGUUACACGUGUUUGAUGGUAUAAAUAAAUAUUCAAAACGAUGAAGGAAUCUUUACUGACAAACUGUGAAAGGAACUUUGUAAAUAAAGCUGUAGAACAAGGAACGCGAUUAGAUGGUAGAAAUUUAUUGGAAGCACGGCCGGUUAAAAUUUAUUUUGGAUCUAACUGGGGUAGUUGUAUGGUUUUACUUGGUCAAACAAGAGCAGUAGCACAAGUAACAUGUGACAUUCAGCAACCCAAGACUUCUCGCCCCAAUGAGGGCAUGUUGCACAUAAAUGUUGAACUUAAUGCUUUGGUGGCACAAAAUUUUGAUAGUGGUACACAAUCGGAAUUAUCAGUAUUAAUUAGCAGGCAGCUUGAAAAAUGUUUUAAAGAUUCAAAAUGUAUAGAUUUAGAAUCUUUGUGUAUCAUAGCAGAUAAAAUGGUAUGGAAUUUGCGUGUUGAUAUCAAUAUUAUUAAUCAUGAUGGCAAUUUAAUUGAUUGUGCAUCUAUUGCAACAUUAGCUGCUCUUGCACAUUUUCACAGACCAGAUGUAACUUCAACUGGAGAAACCAUUAUAAUUCAUCCAUUUUGUGAAAAAGAUCCUUUGCCUUUAACAUUAUACCACUAUCCAGUAUGUGUAUCAUUUAUAACAUUUGAAAGUGGAAAUACUGUUAUGGAUCCUACCUACAUAGAAGAAAGGGUUGGAGUUGCUCAGCUAACUCUUGGUAUAAACUCAUAUAGAGAACUCUGUUGCUUACAUUUUAAUUAUUGGACAAAAACUAUGACUGUACAAGAUGUUAUAUCAGCAGUUUCUAGUUAUGCUGCGAACUAUGCUACUGAAUUAGUACAACAGAUUAAAGAAGCAGUAACUUAUGAUAUAGAAGCAAGGUAUAAGAAAGAUGAUCGCAAUACACAUCGUUUUAAGGAAUGUAUAACAAUGAAAAAAUUAACUACAAUGAAUAGUGAAUCUAUUAGUAUUAAAUUAAGCAAAUGGGGUAAAACAGAGACUGUAGAACCUGAUGUACAAAUGGAAGAAGAGGAAAAUAACAAGUGUAAAAUUAUAAAACCUGGAGAAGGUUCUGCUGAACUAAUAGUGGAUGCAAGUACAUCAUUUGGUGAUGGGGGACCAAAUACAUGGAAUAACACGGAAUCUUCAGAAGAAGAAUCAAGUGAUAUUGAAAUUACUGCUGAAAUAAAGAAAGAAGAAACAAAAGUGGUGGAUGAUAUAGACUUAGGUGGAGAUAGUGAAGAAGAAAUUACUGGAGUACUUGAUUCAACCCUUUUAAUGCAAUAAAUACAUAGUAAGUGAUAUUAACAAACAAAAAUAAUUUUUCAAAAUCUACUUAUUUUAUUAAUGUUUAUCGUAUGACCCUAAUGACAAUUAAAAAUUGAAGAAAUAAACAAUACUAUAAUGUGCUUCAUUA